CUAUUUGUGAGCUGCAAGUGGUCCGAACAAAUGAAAUGUGAUAAGUUCUUACCAUAUUAGAUGCAAACAAGUUGCAUAAUUGCAGCAGACAGUGUUGCAGUGUUGUGCGAGGCGCCAACAAAACGCAAAAAGCCAAUUAUAAUGAAUAUAAAUGUAAUUCAAAAAAUGCUGACGUGAACUUUGUUAAUUUCGUUAAACCUAUUGACAUUGAAGCUAUCAACAGGCAAAUAAGGCGCUUUUUGUAUUUACUUAGCUUCUGUGGAGAUUACAUAACUUCAAAAUUGCUUCCUCUUUUCUUAACUAUCUUUCAAGUAAACUUGUAUAAUGGCUGAUGAGGAGGAUCCAUGGGGUUUCGAUGAGGGUGAUAGUGAGCCAGCCACUGCCCCUGCUCCUGCCGCUGCCGCUGCCGCAGAUGCAGGUGCUGCCCCUGCCGCGGGUGGUGGUGAGAGCGCCCCAACAGGAGGCGAAACUGAAGCAGCUGUCGCAGAAGAAGAAUCGGCACCCCCCCCACCGCCGCCAGAAGACGAUGGGUACCGAAAGCCCGUGCAACUAUAUCGUCACUGGGUGAGACCACAAUUCUUGCAGUAUAAAUACAUGUACAACUACAGAACAAACUACUAUGAUGACGUAAUUGAUUACUUGGAUAAGAAGCAAGUUGGCGUUUCAAGGGAAAUACCGCGCGCACAAACUUGGGCUGAGCGCGUGCUCAGAACAAACAACGCUAGUGGACGCGACCUUGACUCAUACACAUGUUCAAGCAAAAGGGAUAAGCAUCUUGUUCAAACUCUGGCUGCCUCGAUUCGUACUCAUAAUUAUCACACCAAAGCUUAUAUUAACCAAAAAUAUGCAAAUGUUCUAUAAAUAAAUACAAUACCUAUCUAUAAAUAUGAAUACCAACUAAAAAGUUAGUUAAAAUUGUAGUACAAUUUAAUUAUAAGGAGAUGAUUACCUAAUUACGUUCUAAUAAAGUGGGAGCUUGUCGCUAUAAUACUCUUUUGAUAGA